AUAUAAAUAAUUUAAUAUGUCAGAUAAGAGAGAUGAAUAUACUUAUAUGGCUAGAUUAGCUGAAUAAACAGAAAGAUGGGAAGACAUGGUAAGAAAGUGAUAUGAAGAGAAUAAUAGGUAGAGAAUAUGAGGAAGGUAGCAGAGAUUACAAAAGAUUUGAAUAAUGAGGAGAGAAAUCUACUUUCAAUAGCAUAUAAGAAUACAGUAGGAUAGAGAAGAACUGCAUGGAGAGCAAUAACUGCAUAUGAGAUAAAGGAGAAAUAGAAGGUAAAAUAAAGUUAUAUAAAUAAUAGAUAGUGAAGUAUUAGGAGGUACUAUAAUAUUACAAGGCAAGAGUAGAGAAAGAAUUAGAUUAUUAUUGUAAUGAAGUUUUGCAAUUAAUUGAUCAUACAUUGCUGAAAAAGACUGCUAAUACUGAGGCUAGAGUAUUUUAUCACAAAAUGAAAGGAGAUUAUAAUAGAUAUAUUGCAGAAUAUUCCUAAUAAAAGGCUUAAGAAAAAGCAAUCUAACAAGCUCAAUAAGCUUAUUAGACUGCAUUAGAAUUGAUAGAUAAGGAUAAGUUUCCUAAAACUAAUUUAUUAAGAUUGGGAGUAACACUUAAUUAUUCAGUAUUUUGUUAUGAAAUUAUGAGUGAUGUUGCGAAAGCUUGUGAAUUAGCUAAGACUGUUAAAGAUGAAGUAUUUAAUCUUAUUUAAUAUCUUAAGGCAAUUAAAGAACUCGAUGAUAUGGAAGAAGAUUAAUAUAAGGAUGUUACAACUAUUUUAUAAUUGAUAAAUGAUAAUCUUACUAAUUGGUAAGCUGAAUUACCUGAUGAAGGAGGAAAAAAAUGAAUUCAUUUAAUAUAAUAAUAUUAUUAUUAACAAAU